AACGAGUGGUUGGGAAUGACGCCUUGUGAUUGGUUGAUAAUCACACCCUUAUUUAUUCACCCUGGGAAAUAUGAUGGAUCCGAAGGUGCGGGACCUGUACAAGCGCUUCCUACUCGUGGGGCGCGACUACCCGCUGGGCCUGAGCCAUGUGCGAGAGAAGGUCAAGGCUGCGUUCUUCCAGAAUCGCGACUUGACGGACCCUGUGGCUAUCAAGAAGGCCAUUAAACGCGGUCGCUGGGUGGUGCGCGAGAUGGUGGGGGUCAUCCAGCUCAAGAAAUACCGCACGCUCAAUAGCCGCUAUACGCCUGAGGACCUGCGUGAGAAGCUGCGCGAUAUCGAGAACCGCCGAGUCUUGGCAGAACUCGAGCAGCAAUACGGAGGUGACGAUGGCACUGACGCUCGGGAAGGUUGAAGUACAAAACCCGAUAACUGUAAUGCAGACGAUGAUUCUACAGACACCACUUCUAGCCUUUGCUGUCGAUGUUGCUUUGUGUUCAUAGCGUUACAUCUCGGUGUGCAUUGUCAACACAGUGGGGCAAUGCUAAUGCUAGGCGCCCUCUGGAAGAAAUGUUCUCGCAAUUUCAAGCGCUUAGAAGAAAUGUUGCUGGAUGUUCAAGGUUGACGCAAAGACUGCACGUAAGUUUGGAAUAAACUGAAAUAUGUAGCGCC